GAUUUCAAGAACACAAACCACACCUCUCUCUCUCUCUCUCUCGCUCUCUUUCUCUCUCUCUCUCUAGCUCUGUUUAGGUUUUCCGAUUGUUUUUUUGGAGAUCGCUGGCUUAUACCAGCCGUCUCCGGUCAUCGGAAACCGUUUUUUCUUCCAGAGAAAUCUUUAUUCAGAGCCCUAAUCUGAUAAUUUCAUCUUUUGCGGUUGUGGUUGCUUUGUUUUCUGAGACAGAUAGGUGAUUUCGAGAGUCGGAGGUUCGGAUCUUUGUUGUGAGUUUCAUCUAGGUUCCAAUCCGGGUCCGGUGGGGGUUGUUCGUUACGGGUCGGGUUGGGUUGUGAUUCAAUAUAUGAGUUUGAUUUCUUCGACGAUUCGUUUAGAUCCGGAGAUGGGUCUGUGAAUAUUGGUGUAUACUAAUUUUGACUGACGUUUGGUGAAGAAAGCUGUGGAGGAAGGUUGAAUAAUUUGAAGAAUUUCUCGAUGGUGUGUGAAAGCAUGGCUGAGGAUCGUAGCGAAGGCUCCGUUUCAAAUACGGUCAAGAACGAUCAAUUCAUGUCGGCAGAUGACUAUGCCCCCAAGGCAAGGAAGCCGUAUACGAUCACGAAACAACGAGAAAGGUGGACCGAAGAAGAACACAAGAAAUUUCUCGAGGCUUUAAAGCUAUAUGGCCGAGCUUGGCGACGAAUUGAAGAACACGUGGGUACGAAAACUGCAGUUCAAAUAAGAAGUCAUGCCCAAAAAUUUUUCUCUAAGGUGGUUCGUGAAUCGACUAGCGGUGAUGCGAGUGAGGUGAAACCGAUCGAGAUUCCGCCUCCUCGUCCAAAACGGAAGCCGAUGCAUCCGUACCCUCGUAAGCUUUCGGCUCCGCUAAAAACGGGCGGUCAUCAUGCUAGAUCGACAUCUCCUAAUUCAUCGGGGUCGGAUCAAGAAAACCAGUCCCCGACUUCGGUUCUGUCGGCAGGCGGUUCGAACAUGUUUGCUUUGGGUGAUUCGUGUUCACCAAACCCGGGAUCCUCCCCGGUUUCAUCGGCUAACGGCGUGAAACCUGGUGGGUCCUCGCGGUUUGAACCUGAUCUCUCCCCGGAAGAAAACGAGUCUUCUCCGACUGUCCAAGAGGAUGAUGGUCCAAUUCCAAUGAAACUGGAUUCAUGCGGUGAAGAAAAAGAAAAAGAAAAAGGGUUUGCUGAUGAAGGUUCCCCUGAAGCUGGAUCCGCCCAAAGUUUGAAGCUUUUUGGGAAGACAGUCGUUGUUACGGAUCCCAACCACCGACCAUCUUCCCCAAACGUUGCGGUUGAUCCAUCUGAAGGCAACAUCAGCAUCGUAAAUUUGAUUCCACAGAACUUGAUGCCUAUUAGUUCUUUACCUUGUGGAGCACCUGUGUACUACAUGCAGUUUCUUGAUGAGCACUCCGACUCAAGCGUCCUCAGGUCGUCCACCACAGCUGCCGCCCCAUGGUGGUCUCUUUACGGCGGCAUAACUUACCCCGUCAUGCAACCGUGUAAUCCAGCAACAGAAAUGCAAAACGAGUGUUCAAAUAACAGUGAAAGCGAAAAUGGUGGAGCAAAUGAGGAGCAAAAGAAGGCGUUUUUGGUGAUUGGAAGCGAGAGAUCAGCGUUUACGAAGCAAUAUGGCGGGGGGAAGAAGAAGGAUACGUGUAUAAAAGGAUUUGUACCAUAUAAGAGAUGUUUAGCGCAGAGGGAAAGCCAUUCGCAUUCAACCGGUGAAGAAAGGGAAGAGCAAAGAGUAAGACUUUGCUUGUGACCUUGGGUUUUUGCAAAUGAGAUGAAAUGAUGUCUCUUUGUUUGCUAUAAUUUAACAUGUUGGUAUUGGGCAAUGGCAAUGGCAAUGGCAAUGGCAAUGGCAAUGGCAAUGGCAAUGGGUGCAUUUAAAGAUGAGAACCAAGUGUAUAGAAGGGGAUGAAGAUAUGCACCUUUUUUUGAUUCUGGUUUUUGUUAAUUUUUGGUAAUUAAUGCAUUUUGUAGCUGACUUCUGUUUCUAGACUUGUACUUUCAUUAUGAUCAUGUUUUAUGGU